AUGUUUCUGCACCAGCGGGGCAGACUCACGAGAGCUCAGUUCGAAGAGGUCUUGUCGCGGCUGUCUUUGAGUGGCUUCGACAAGCCAGACCUGAGGAUGGCGGUCGAGCCGCUGACGGAGCACGCGAAGGAGGCGUUGUUCGAGCAGCUCAAGUACCUCGACGAGUCGGUACCCGGCCACCGCCUGCCUCCGCCAAUGACCGUCCUCGCUCACGCCGAGAUCGGCGGCAAGUACCUCGAGCUCGUCCACGGCGUGCGCAACAAGAUCAAGUCUAGCGAGCGUUUCAGGGAAGGCGCUUUGAUGCGCGACUUCCAGCAGGCCUUGCCCUUCACGUUCUUUGCGACGCUGCCGUUGGAGUUGAUGGACGCGUUGACGAGAGAGGGGACGUCUGCUCGUGCGGGUUCUUACCUCCGCAACGCGACACUGCUCCUUCGCGAAGCCAUCCGCUCCGUCUACAGCCGCAAAACAGUCUUACUCGUCCGACUCUUCCACCUCGACUCCUCCACAUUCGAAGCUUUCACAAGCUGGGCCAAAGAGUUCCGAGAAUCGGUCGGCCAGAGGUUGCCGCAAGCCGAAGAGGGCGGAAAGAUUCCGCUGGUGUACUGGCAGGAGGUUGGGGAUGUCGUGAGGGCGGAUUGGAAAGCGUUGGAGAAGGCGUGGGAGUGGGUUGUCGAGCAGUUCUGCGAGUUGGGACGCUUGCCUGGAGAUGAGGAGCUGCUCAAACUUCACUCUCACCUUCCUGGCUCCCAGCGCCGUCUCCUUACCUCCCAUGCCGACAUGCACUCUCUCUCCCGUAUUUCGCUUCGUGCAGCGAGGUGGUACGGGACGAGUCAGCGGGCUUGGGCGGCGCGGAUGGAGGGGAGGGGACUUUGA